UAGUUCCAUCGCAAUUUUGACUCACCAUCGACUUUUACAGCGGCAGGCGACCUCCUGGAAAUUAAAUUGCAAUUGCAGACGGUACCGAUAAAGGCAUCAAGAUGACUGGCAUUAUGGACUCGGUGGAAAUGCCCAAAUUACCGGAAAACCAGAAGACCUUCGCCGGCAUUCCGGAGGCAGUGUUCCUGGAGGAAAUCGACUCAUUCAUGGCGCAGCCUGACAACGAGAACUGUGAAAAGGUUUUGCAGCGGCUGGACGAGCAGCAUGGCAAGUACCGAUUCAUGGCCUACAACCUGGAGGCGCGGCGUCGCAAGCUGAAGUCCCAAAUCCCCGACUUGGAGCGGUCUCUGGAGAUGGUGAAUGUUCUACGGAAGGAGGACGAGGAGCGCGAGACUCAGUUCUUGCUGAGCGACCAGGUGUUCAUCAAGACGCUGGUGCCGCCAACGAAAACAGUCUACCUCUGGCUGGGAGCCAGUGUGAUGCUUGAGUAUCCGCUUGACGAGGCGGAGGCGCUGCUCAAGCAGAACGUCACAUCGGCAGUGAGCAACCUAAAGUCCGUGGAGCAUGACCAGGACUUCCUGAGGGAUCAAAUUACAACCACGGAGGUGAACAUGGCGAGGGUGUACAACUGGGGCGUGAAAAAGCGGCAGGCCGCUGCCAAGACUAAUGCCACCACCACCCCCCUCGUAAGGAUCCGAUCCGAUAAGCAACCCCAUCCCAUGAUCAGCAUGAGCAGUCAGUGCUAUGUCUCUCGCGAAUUAUUUAUUUCGACAGUUCACCGAAAAGGCUCGGCAGGCUGUCCUUCCCGCCUGAUUACCGCUAUUCACUGAUAACAAUAAAACCGCCACAACGCAUCAAGUGACUAUUAAAACGGUCUCAAUUAUGAUGAAAAACAUAGCUGAUGUCUAAUCGAUUAGUAAAGUUGCAGUACGAUUGCAUAGAAGGCUUGCAUUUAUCAUGACCCCAAGAUAGUUUCUGUAACAAAUUACCCUCAAAAACUAACAAAAAAAUAACAUUUUUUAUAUAAAGUUAUUAAACGUUUUAAAGAUA